AUGGCUAGUGAAAAUGUUUGGGAGUUUUACGCUGCUGUGUGCGCGGAACAUCAGAUAAAAAUAAAUCCACACAUUGAAGACGUGUUAGAGAAGACGACAAUAACGGAGAAUGUCACCUUGAAACUGACAGGAAACAGCUGGCUGAGAGGCGUUCAGCGACUUGAUGACAAAGACAUUCUUGCUCUCUCAAAAUGUCUGAGAAACAGCAAGUGUGUGACAGGUCUUGAUGUUGGCUACAAUAACAUAACAGAUGAAGGGGUUGUACAUCUAGCUGAGCUCUUACAGCAGGAGGACAGAGCUCCGCUCUCUCUGGACCUGAUGUUCAACAACAUCCAGACAGACGGAGCUAAAGUUCUUGCUGAGAGCCUGCAGUGUAACAGCACCUUGCUCUCUCUCAGACUGUCAGGUAAUAAGAUUGAAAACAGAGGAGCCAUGCACCUGGCCAGCAUGCUGCAGGUGAACAACACACUGAAGGAGCUGGAGCUGGCCGGCUGCGACCUGGCCACUCAGAGUGUGAUAGCAUUCGCCAUCAUGUUGAAAAACAACAAGACUCUUCGCUCUGUCGAUGUCAGCCGACCGCUGCUCUUCAGCCACCAGGAGGAGUGGACGGUGCACGUCUCUGAGAUGCUGGCGGUGAACAGCAGCCUGGUGGAGCUCCACCUGGGGAAGAUGGGGAUGACCGACACCGGGAUGGAGAGGCUGACUGAAGGCCUGCGGCUCAACCGCAGCCUGCGCUACCUGGACCUGCGCUGUAACCGCGUGGCUCGUGACGGCAUGCGUCAUCUCUCUGAGGUGCUGAAGCAGAACCAAACACUGGAGAUCAUAGAUCUGUCAGCCAAUCGGAUUGAAGAUGAGGGUGCUGAGCACCUGAGCGAGGCCAUCGCCUGGCCAGGCUGCAUCCUGAGAGAGCUGUCUGUCAGCAGUAACAACAUCAGGAUGAAGGGUCUGCUGUCUUUGGCUCGAGCUAUGAAAGUUAACAAAUCUCUGAACCACAUUUACAUCUGGGGAAACCACCUGGAGGAGCCUGUCUGUCAGGCCUUCAGCGAGCUGAUCACCAGCGGCCGCCUGCCUCCACACCAGACGGAUGUUAGCCCGUACGAGGUGGAUGGUCAGGUGUUUCUCGCUGAGGUCUUCCACAGUUUGAGGAGACACUAUGACAGAACAAACAGCUCUGGUACGGACACACCACCCACCUCCAGCACCGCAACAGACCCGUUAACAGACCAGGCUGCCUGCUCUGACUCCACCUUUCCACCACACAUUGAGAGCCAUCAGCUUGUCACCCUGUAG